CCAUUCAUUCAUCGGUUUCAGAUUAGUUUUGAGAAAGCUCUCGCUGAUGAAAGUAAUAUUUAUUUAUAUUAAUAACAGUAUAGGAAAGCGGCGAAUUCUGAAGUGCUGUGAACAAAAUAUACAAUAAUUUGUUUUAUAACAAGGGAAUAUCAAUGUACGAUAACCAAGUGUAGAACUUCAAGUCGGUUUUUUGUUUUGUUAUUAUUCCGCGAUUCUUGUUUUGCAUUCAUAUCUGAGUAUCUCCUCUUUUGUAUCUUGUAUCUAGACAAUUCACAUCAUCCGUGUUUGACGUUUUCUUGUAAAUGUCAAUAAAGUGAAAUUGUAAAAAAUAAACGAUAAGUGCAAAAGACUUUAAAAUAGAAAUUAACAAAUAACACCAGGAUCACGGUUUGCCUCCUGAUUGGUGCAAAUGUGCUAAAAGUUGAUGAAAACAAUUAUUACCUUAGACGGGAGCAAAUAAGAACCGCCAUUGUCAUCUGAGAAAAAAUCGAUAUAAAUUAAUUAUUUUUCCAACCACUACUAUUGUGGUUAGGAACUUCAGUAAUGGAUGACGAGUUUAAACUGUGCUGGAAGAAUUUCCAGGAUAAUAUAGCCAGUGGAUUUCAGAAUUUAUAUGAUCGUGGAGAUUUGGUUGAUGUUACAUUAGCUUGUGAUGGAAAAUUGUUGCAUGCGCACAAAAUUGUACUUGCAAUUUGCAGUCCAUAUUUUCAAGAAAUUUUUAUAACCAAUCCCUGCAAGCAUCCAAUAAUUAUACUAAAAGAUGUCACCUUCAAUAUUAUGUGCGAACUACUGGAAUUCAUGUACCAGGGUGUGGUGAAUGUCAAGCACACGGAAUUACAGUCUUUCAUGAAAAUUGGUCAAUUGCUACAAAUCAAAGGUCUUGCCACAAAUGCCUCAUCAACAGCAGGUAAUACAACGACGGAUAAAUCUGCCAGUCAAACACACAAUGCCGAUGAAGCGAGCAACGCAUGUGUAGAUGCUGAUAAUAAUAGUAGUGGGACCGCAGCAAAAACAGGUUUAAACCGUGCGGCCAGUGGAAAUGAUGAGGCGAAUGGCACUGAUGGGCUAUCAAGUGUGAAAGUGUCCAAUCCCAUUUCGGUGAAAUCUCAUUCACCCGCAUCCUCACCAUCACCUAUGAGCUUUGGCGAAUCAACUGCUAAUGCUAAUCAGCAAAAUUUCAAAAGCUCACCGGAGAGUAAUUUACCGUUGCAUCCGAAUUAUCACGCGGCCACAAGUCUUAAACGACAUGCAGAUGUAAAUAAUGACGCCCUUUCGAUUUACUCACGUAAACAAUUCCGUCGCUCGAUAGCUUCAGCCGAUCACAAUACCGAUCAUAGUGACAGUGCCGAUGCGGAUGCUGAGUCCGAUUAUUUCCUACCGUCUCUUCCACAUUUGGCACCUAACUCAUCGGCUGCGGCGGCAGCUGCGGCUUUUAGAGGCACUUUCAAUCCUGCUGCCUUUGGGUUUGAUUAUAAUUUAUACAAAAAUAGCAGUGCUGGCGGUGCAAGCGGCGUUGGCGGUGCUUGUGGUGGCAACACGCCUGGUGGUGGUAGUAGUGGCCCAGAGUAUCCAAAUGAUUUGCAUAUUCCCAGUGACUAUUCAAAGAACUUCGCAAAUCAUGUUGAUAUUCCACCAAACAGCAGCAAUGUGGUGAUGCUCUCAUCGACUUCACUGUUGCACGGUAGCUGCGUCUUUAAUCGCAACAACACCGUAGCCACCCAGCAAGGUAUGAAAACGUAUUGGCUUUGCAAGUCCUAUCGCAUAAGCAUGUGCCGAGCUCGCUGCAUAACCCAUCAAGGGCGUGUCAUAUCCGCAACCGGUGUGCAUAAUCAUCCGCCACAUAUGCGCGGAAGUGGUCCUGGUGGUGGUAUGGGCAACAAUGGAGGAGGCAACAGUAAUGCAAGCGGUAGUGGAAAUGGAGUAGGCUUUCCCAUCGAUGUCAAUGCACAGCAAUCAUCUUCUGUGGCAACCUCUAACACGUCAGCAAUAAAUUUGAACUCUAUUAAUAUGGCCGGUGUAUUGUUGCCAGGCGGUGGUAAUUCAGCGGCGAAUGUGAGUGCCACCACUGGUGUACGACUACAUCAUACAACGGCAAGCAGUGCCAUUGGUACGACGAUGUAUCAGCAACACAAUUCUAUGCAUAAUUCCCCGGCGCAACAAUUGCAGCUGCACCAUCAGCAACAACAGCUGCAACAUCAUCAACAUCAAUUGCAUGCAGUGGGUGGUUCAUCGUCACCACCACCCAUGUCGGCGGGCUUGAUGGGCAACGCACAUCUACACGGGCACUCUACUCCAUCGGCAACUAGUCUACUAAUGUCACAUCACUCGGCGCCAGACAAUGGCAGUAUGGCCGGCAACGUACAUCAUCAUCACCAUCACCAGCAUCAUACAAUUAGUGGCUCUGGAAACGGUGGCAUUGGCGGUGCCGGCGGAUCGCAAAAUUUGCAUUCGAACAGCGUUAUACAGAAUAUAUUGCAUAGCGCGAAUGCAUCGAAUGCCAUACACCAUCAUCACCAUUCGCAAUUGCCACACAUGUCCCAUUUGUCGCAUCAUCAACAUCACCAACAACACGAACCCCAUUUGGAAAUAACACCACUGAUGCAAUCGCCACCGCUGCCGCCGCCACCGUCGCUGCAUCUGCAAAGUCCAUCGAAUCAGAGUAAUCAGUCACAGCAUGGUAGCGUUGGUGCUAAUUCGCUUAGCUCGCCAAUAACAACAACACCAGCCUCCGUUCCCAGUGGUAGUGCGCUGAAAUCACCAGCGCGAACGAAUCUCAGCGACGAGGCGAUCUGUGCGUCUGAGACGCAAUCUCAUUCAGCUCAUUCUGCGCAUCUCAGUGAACAACAUCAACAUAUGCUGAGCCAUGGGACCACCCUAUCACCAUCUGAAAUAAAUUCAAACACCGCCGUAUCAUCGCAUUCAACAGAUGGCGCGAAUGAGUCACAACAUCAAGCGCAUGUCAUCAACUCCAUUACGAUAUCACCAGGGGAAGGACAUAGUUUCAAAAUGGAAGAUAUGUAACUGUUAAAAAAUUGCGUUAGCAGAAAACGCUUUUAUGACUCAGCGUAUUGCGUUCGAAACGCACAGUCCAACUCCUUCCCUUUAUUAUAAUUAUUACAUACAUACAAGCCAAUGGAUAAAUUAAAAAUUUGUUAGUUUAAGUAAAAAAAAA